AUGCCCAUCGCCGUUGCUCCGGCUCCGCGCGGCCACUACUCCCUUGCAAAUGCCAUUCGAGGCAGGAGUAGGGCUGCGUCAGAGGUCGGCCAGCAGCCUCCCCUGGAAACUCAACGCGCCCAAUUACCCAAGGCCGCGUCAUACACGUACUUCCCACAAGUCAAAGACAUCGGUACCGAAUCGCCCGUGGCUGAGCUGAGAAGAGGCUCCGAAGACGAUGUCGAAAUCGGCAAGAGCGAGGAGCGAACAUCUGAGAGCAACUCGGAUGGAUCGAGCCCCUCCUCAGAAGAAGCCCCGGACAUGGCUGGCGUGGAAAUGCCCCAACUCAGGCCCAACAACGUCUCGCGUCGCUCCUCCAGAUUUCUCCCCUUUUCCAGCAGGAGUAGGGAGCCGUCAGCUGAACGCAAGAUGGACAAGAAGGCUGAACGGGGCCGGACCGACGCUGUGAAACAAUCAGAUUCCCCGGUGGGCUCCCCUUCGCGGUCCCUCACCAAUCUGCGGAGGAAGUCGUGGGUUGUGUCGCAGCAACCGCGGAAUUCUUCGUCGCCAGUCAAAGAAAGGAAACUCAAGAAGAAGAGUGCCACCGACAAGGAGCAGCCCAUUAUCGAGCCAAACAAGCGCAAGACGCCGACGACGACGAUCACAACCACAACCACAACCAGCAUUCCAGAGGAGUCUGAAGCAAGAGACACUGUGAAAGAAGAUAUUCCGCCGCCGGUGCCUCUCAACAAAAAGAACAAGCGCCUCAGCGGUCUCUUUGCCGCGUCGAGCAGUGCCUCCAACUUGCCCUCUGUACCCAAGUCCUUCUCGACAGAAAAGCUUCCCCACUAUCCGCACAACCACAAUCCAGUCAGCCCGACCCACAUUGUUCCUCCGCUACCACGCAACGUAUCCACAGAAAAGCUCAAGGGCGUCAAGACGGAGCCUCGCAAGAAAGACGAGCUAUGGACCGCGUUUAGGACUCUUGACGCAGAUCUGCGCAAAUUCCAAUCCAAGUCCAGUUCGCUCAAAGCAAACGUGGUCCGAACCGCCCUCCUACCCUUUCUCCGCCAAUAUACCUCCCACCCUUCGAACCACAAGCUCCGGCCAGAAGACCUAGAUCGGCGUGUGAACAUCCUCAAUGGAUGGUGGACCGGCCUCUUGGAACUUGUGGCAGGGCGGAACAAUCAAUCGAUAUCUGGUACAGAUCGCCCAGUUAUUUUAGAGGGUAUUGCUGCCGUCAUGGAGAGACCCGAAUGGAGAUUGUACCCGUCGCCUUUCUGUGCGCUUGCAGACCGAGUAGAGACAUUGUCCACAUCUACGGCCGGCUCUGCCUCGUCUAGCUCUUCCGACUUCCUCGCCGAAUCCGUCUACCACAACGUUCGAAAUAUCUUUACUCAAAAUCUACAAUCUCAGAUGGCUUUCGUUGUAGAGAAGAUGUCGUUGCGGAAUGCCGCAGCCAGCUUGGUAACCUUUUGCGGAAAGACGUGCGCGUACGCCUUCUGCUUCUGCCCAGGUAUCGCUGAUGUGCUGGUGCGCCUGUGGAGUCCUUCUCUUGACAUGAUGAAGCGGGUUAUGGAGGAAUCAGGCGUAUCCAAGCUUGAUCGGCUGGAUGCUGUUUCUGAUCGAGUCGUGGCUGCUUUCCCUCCUAUGCUUCACUCACUGAAGUUGCUUUCGCUCAACCGGCUCCUGCGCCAGUUGCACAAGCCUGUGCUACCUCCACUGGCUAUGGCGAACCUGGACUGGUACGGGCUUUGGACGAAGCGAUGGUCUGGCGCCGAAAGCGAUCUUUUCUAUGUUUUCGUCAAACAUUUUCAUAUCCUGGUCAGCGAAUUCCUGCCUGUCGAGCCCAGCCAAGCAGAGCGCAUCUGCGUGCCGGGGCUCAUCAUGGUACAUGCUCAGAUUCUGGUCAACCUUGAUGCGACCAUCAACAGGAAUACUGCACCCCAACAGCCCGUCGAGGAUCCAUCAAGGGCGGCAGACAUUACGUUCGAUGAUGUCUUGGAACCCGAUGCUUCAGCCUCGAACAUUGCCCUUCCACCCGCGAACGCUACCAGAAUGAUGCAGGAGAACCGACUCAUUAUGCUAAUACGGGACUUCCUUUCUGAGCGAAACUCCCAUCUUCACAUUGCCAGACGCAUGUUCGCCGACAGCUUUGCUCGUCUUCUUCAGGCGCAGGCGCGGAAAAUCUCUAUAUACGAUAACAGCGCCUGUUACACUCUCUGUGACUUUCUCGAGGAGGCUCUCAUCAUCAUGGUCCGCUACGAACAGCACGACAGCGACCAACACACGGUAAUGGACUGGCCAUUCUGGCUUACCGUCUUCAAGGCAAUGGCCGCCAGUCAUAACACCGCUACCGAGAUUAAGUUGUACGCAUUCCUUUACAGCAGCUGGUGCACAUUGUGUAUGGACGAGCGAAGAAAGGCUGGACUGUGCCUUGACUUCCUUCUCGAACCAGCUUUCUUCGAGAGCCGAUUCAACCAUUGGUGCCCUAUGGUACGGUCCUACUUCAUGCGGCUGAUCUGCUGGCGGGUUGCACGUUACGAUGGAAACGAGACCGACGUUGAAAUAGCCAUCAAACGGGCUUUGAGUGACCGCCUCCGGUCCAUCUGGUCUCAUUACCUCUGGCUUCAAGAAGAAGCUGAACGUAAACAGAUCGUAUACCCGUCGACACAAGCAUGCAACCCUGCGCCAGGCCGACGUUUCCUUAUCAUACGUAAUGAUAAUCCUAUUGUGGCCAACAACGGCCCUUUCCUUUCUUUCGACGGCGUCGUCCAAAACCCCCACCAGCGAAAACCAACUCCUACCAGCACCACCAUCCCAGAAGCUGAGAUUCGCCCAGCCUCGGCCCUAUCCGCAGAUUCAAGCGACUUCCCGGACGAAGACCCCGGCAAGGGUAAAUGGAACAUUUUGAGAAGUCUCAUGGGAGGAAGCUCCAAGCAGACUGCCAAGGCCAAGAGUCCUGCGCCAUCCAUCAAGGAAAAAGAGAAUGCCGGCAAGACAUCGAAUGCGUUGGUAACCAAGUCAUCAAACGAAGCACUCCCCAACAACGCACCUGCAGCCGUAGAGGCUUCUGUGUCUACGCCAGCACCAGCACUUUCCACCCACCGGGCAUACAACUUCCGCUUUUCCUUAGAAUGGGUUGACAAACGCUUUGGCACCUACCACAACAUGCGCCUUCAACCUCCGAAACUCCCAGCUCCAGCACAAAGCCUUCUACAAGCAAAGGGCAUCAACAUUGAACCCGUUCUCAGUACGCCACCAGUUGGCGAGGCUGCAACGUCAAGCACAUACGCUGGUCGCGCUCUCGCAGAAUGGACCUUUGUCAGCCACGAGUGCCAGAACUUCUUCGAUAGGAGAAAGAACGAAGGCGUGCCGACAAACCGACAGGUCGAGACACCCACAUUGAACGUCGAGGCCUUUAGGCGACCUGGCUGA